CAUAACUCGAUCACUUGCUAAUGAAGCUAUGAUAUACAUUGCGCAAUCUUUCCAACCUAGUAGAAGCUGGAAGUGAUGGGAGAUCCCAUGAGGAAGGAACUUGCAAAUGUAAGGAAGAAAAUUGACAUGGCUAAUCGAGAGCUGAAGCCGCUGGGACUGAGCUGCCAGAAGAAGGAAAAAGAAUACAAAGAAGCCCUGGAAAGAUUCAAUGAAGAGAACAAAGAAAAGGCUCAACUUGUAACCACACUUAUGGAACUGUUGACCGAGAGUGAGAAGCUGAGGAUGCAGAAGCUAGAGGAGCUGAGCAAGAACAUAGAACCAACACUCUGA